AAAGCGAAUGUGUAUUUAUAAAAAAAAUCGCAGUAGUAUUUUAAACAAUAGAAAUGCACUUUUCGUAAUUUUAGUUGGAGGAUAAAUAAAAAAGAAGAAACAUUUACGAGAAAGAUCACAGCUUCACUUAAUGUAAUCCUAGUAACCAUAAAAUGCUGGAUGAGUGCGAUGUGUGCUAACCUUUACUCGACCCCGACUAAUUUGCGUAGUUCAAAGUGCAGUGCGUACCUGUUACCAGAAAGUGGCGCACGAUGACAAGGCAAAUAGAAUUUGAAGCAGGGGCGCCUCUCCAGCGCGCGUUCACUUGUUCAGGCAUCCACCCAGUUUUUUUCUGUUUGUGCACGAGUUUACCUCUGGAGGUCAUCAAGCAGGAUUUACGACUGGACAACAAAAGCACGUGAUCCUUAGCCGUACCCCAUAUUUGGGUGCCUACGUAGGAGGGAACCAAGUACAUGUCCCAGUCAUUUCCAUAAUUCAUCAUAAAUUGUGCAGGGGUGCUAUAGACGCACAAAACGACUAAGAGCCACAAAUCAAGCAUUCACAUACAUUUUUUAAAAUAAUCAACAACAAAUGAGCUCUUAUUUUGUAAACUCGUUCUGCGGUCGCUAUCCUAAUGGCCCGGACUAUCCGUUACAUAAUUAUGGCGAUCAUAGCUCGAUGAACGAGCAGUACAGGGAAUCGGCGAGUAUGCAUUCCACCAGGUACGGCUACGGGUACAAUGGGAUGGAUCUUAGUGUUGGUCGCUCCACAUCGAGUCACUUUGGUGCUAAUGAUAGAGCUCCAAGCUAUGCAUCUAGUGCAACAACAGCAUCUUCAGAAAACAGGUACAGCCAAGCCGCAGCAGCAUCAUCUCACUCGCCUCCACCUGACUCACUACCUUGUUCAACCGUUGCGCGCUCGCCUGCUGGCGAGGCACACCGAGCUGUAAAAAACUCAAUAUCUGACCCCACAAGCACUUCCUCUACUUCAAACAACAGCUGUAGCACCCUCUUAGGCAGAGAAGGUGCUGGCAAGUCUUCUGGUACUGAGGACGACUCUACGGCAAGAAGCGGACAGACAAAUUCACAGAUCAGCCAAAAUGCAGUCGAAUCAUCACAGCCACAGAUAUAUCCGUGGAUGCGAAAGUUGCAUAUUAGUCACGAUAGCAUGGCAGGACCGGAAGGAAAGAGAGCAAGAACUGCCUACACGCGGUAUCAGACGCUGGAGCUGGAGAAAGAAUUUCACUUCAAUAGGUACCUGACCCGGAGACGAAGGAUUGAAAUUGCACAUGCUCUGUGCCUCUCAGAGAGGCAAAUUAAGAUAUGGUUCCAAAACAGAAGAAUGAAAUGGAAAAAAGAUAAUAAGCUGAAAAGUAUGAGCAUGGCAACUGCAGGAGGUGCAUUUCGUCCUUAAUUUCAUAGCACUUCAUAAAAAGUUCUGGCAAUACAAGAUGAACUAUUACUCUACAUUUCAGUACCACAGAGACUUUUUCAAACACAUAAGAACUUAAUUGAAGAUUGAGAAAGAGACCGAACAAGAGAGAGACGGAGAGAGAGUAUUUUUCAGAUUCCAGUCUUGUAAAAAUCCAAAAGCCUGUUUUUGGCCGUGACAUGCUUGUAUGAAUAGAUUUGCUUUCUGUAAAAUCUUGUCUUGAGCGACUUAGAAUAAGCGAAAGAGUAGAUGUUUAACUUAUUUACUGUUUUGAGGAAGAAAAGCAAAGCUUAACUUACUUGAAGUGACCGUAAAAUCCGUUUAGUACUAAUGUUCCGUGUUGCACUCUAUCUUCAGAAAUUGUUGUAUGUUUAUGUAUAUGUAUGCUUAAUGUCUGAAUAGCUCCAAGCCACAAGAAAGAAACAAACAUUGUUUUAAAACUACCUAUUUUCUUUGUAAUCAAUGUUAUCGUUGAUUUUAAUUAAUGCAAUACUACCUAUCUUGUAAUACUGUAAACGUAUCGCGUUGUGAAUAUGUGAAAGAACUAUCAGUCCAACCAAGUAUGUUCUUGCUGUGCCUUUGUAUGACUUUUUGCACGAACUCCAAUAAGUUGCUCUUAAAAGCGCAACUUCAUUGAUGUAUGUUUUCUUGUGUGAUAUUCAGUCUAGUCAAUGCUUGGCUGUCGAAAAAAGUUCGUGAAACGCUUUUGUAUUUUGUUUUUAAAAUGGACUGGAAAUAAAACUAAAUAAACUUUAUAUAUAUAUAAA